UCAAAAACCAGUCAGCUGCUACACCCUCUCCUCCGACCUCGCCUCCGGGGGAUAAUACCCCUGGUUUUCUACAUUGCUGGAGGGUGCAGUCAGUACUCAAUUCUUCUACUGUCGUAUUUCUGUCUCUGUCUCCAUCAUUGCUGUUUCUUUAUCAAGAUCUCGAUUUCCGAACCUGCGUUGGCGAUCUCGCGUUGGGCGGUUUUCUUUUGUCCGGUCUUGUCCUUGACCGCUCUCUUGAAAUCCCAGUCUGCACGCUCAUCCUGCAUCAAGUGGACCGCGGGCGUGGGGUCGACAAGGGCCAGGGUCGUGCUCAUGACUACUCCGUACUGGAUCACCGCAACCGCAACCACCAGAAGCAGACAUCGUGUGCUUUCAAGCGUUGGUUGUCCUACCUGUUGACCGCCAUAAGUCAACUGGCCUCUUUUGGGAUUCAGACUUCCAUCGUCUUGCUGGCUUCCAAGUUCCAAGCACGAGCUGGCCGUUUAGACCUAGAACAUCAGAUCGCCCACACCCACGUCAAAUCUCCACACUCCGGGUCACGCUCACUCACGGUCGACGGUGACGUUGGCAAACCCGUCUCUGGCCCAACUCUGGCUCAAAGAUCUCGCCUCCAAAACUCUGUGGCUUCCCGCCGGCCUGGUCCUGGCCCUGAACCAGGCUCUGGGCUGCUGCUCGCCCACGGCGGUAACGGAGUUCUUUGUCAACGGUUCCACAAGUCGGCAGGGCGGUGUUGAUCCCCUGGUCCGCGUGGGGCCGGGCCUGCACAAAUCCCAGCCUGCAUAUUAUUUUUGAACUGCACGCACGCGCCUUGUGCCGCUGCCAACUGGUCUGUUGUGUGCCAGCAGGACCCAUUCUCCAGCGCCCAGCCGGAUCCUAAGCGCCAAUAGAGGGCCUGGCGCUCUGCUUCAACGCUUUCCAUCACUCCGCUCUGAUACGUUGGCACGACUUAUACAGCCCACGCAGCCCACCGAUCGCCGGGUCGGCUCUGCAACAACAAAGGUUCUAGAAGCCAGGCGGCCCGGGCAAGCAGUCUGGCACGAGUGCUGCCCCUGGCGGACAGCUCAUAAAGCUCACGACCCGCACAGGUGUGCGAGGGGCCCCAUAGCGCUCGCUCGCUUGCCUGUUCCCCGGCGCCAUUUUUCUCGAUUCGAACUGCCCUGGGGCUCGAUCUUCCCAAGAAGCUUCGGCUGACCGCAACUCGCCGGCGCCGUGACGAAUUCUCUUGUCAACACAGACCAAGCUCCAUCUAGGCCCAGGGGCCAGGGAAUGAACGACAGCUAGCCGAAGUGACUUCUUUGUUGCGGAGAAUUGUGCGCGGGUCCGCACGAGCAGAGUCAAACUCAUAAACAACAGCGAAUUCCUCGCAUCAAAUCGCCCAACAAAUUCAAAUCCGCCUCAGACUCCGAGUCAAGCUUGUCAGGAACGAGUAAACACUUGCAGUGUCGCGGAGAAAUUUUCAUGUGGCGUCCCCAACAACAUACAGACACACACACCUUUCCAUAGCCUCUCACCCCCGGAACUCAUCGUCAAUCGGCAACCUCCGCAAACAUGUCACGACAGUCACCCGUGCCUCGUUCUCACUCGAGGGCGAGCUUCUACUCCACCACCACAUACCACUCAUUCCAGGAUGUCGAACUCUUUGAGCCAGGCUGCACACCAGAUGACCAGGGAACGUCGACUUCGAGGAUCCCCAUGCCCGUAGAGACACCCGUGGUCAGGAGACAGAGAACAUCGAGGAGGGACGACUUCGACAAGAACCCUGCCUCAUUCCAGAUGGUCCGCCAGGACUCCGGCUACGAGUCGAGCACACCCACUCGCACCUCGCAGUCGUCAAGACGCCACCGGCACUCAUCCCACACCAAGUCCGCCUCAUCACCACCCCGGACGGAGUCCCAGCCCCGGACCUCAACCUCACAAAAGAGGCCCGCCCUCCGGCGCUCUCGGCCGAUUACAAACAUGCCCCGGUCCAGCAUGACCGCCUCUCGCUCGCCACCUCGGAGCAACCCACAACAAUCACCCCAAUAUAAUGACCCAUAUUCCUACUUUCAAUUCCCAUCACCCGAGCAACUGGACGAACCAGACCAGGAACACGACCAGCAAGAAAAACAACAACAACAACAACCGCAGAACCCCAACUCCGACAUUGCACCAGUCAGCCUACAUCUCGACACCCUCACCGCCACCAGCCACCACUCCGAAAAGCCAACAUCAUCCUCCCCCUCCCCCUCAGCAACAAAACCACAACCCUCAACCCAAUACACCACCGGCGCCGAGACCCCUCUCUCCCCCCUGCCACCCCAGACGACCCACUACUGGACCUCCGACCGCACGCGGCGCCUCGAGUACGCGGCCAUCGACGCCGCCUCCCGGGGCGUCAGGGGCUGGGUCAUGCGCAACUGCGUGCCCGAGUGCUUCGUCCCCAAGGAGCGGCGCCGCGUCUGCUUCGACGACGACACGGGCUCCGUCAGGCGGUACCGCCUCGACCUCGAGAUCGAGUGCCCCGAGGACAGCGUCCCGCCCAGCCCCGUGGGCGAGAAGCCGCGGGGGUUCCGCGCACGCCACCACGGCGGCGCGAGGGGCCUCUGGGCUAAGCUCAGGGGGAGGGCUUAGGGCAGACACGCUGCUCGAUAUUCACAUUUCAACCUAUGUUAUCCGCCACCAAGGAGAGACAUCACCGCCGAGGCGAUUCUUGAGAACGCCUCUGGCCUUAAUUCUUUUAUUUGAUAAUUUGACUUAAUGUUUUGUACUUGGGAUAGAGAAGCGAGCAAUACCUUUUUGUUUUCCCCCCCUCGCAACAGAAGAGACGACGGAAUGAGAGAAGAAUGCAUCUGAGAGACACUAGCAGAAACGGCAAGAGACAGCACUUUGGCACCAUUUACAUUGGCGUUCUAUACCCACCAGAGUUCAUGGAGGAUAUCUUUUGGUCGUUUAUUGGAGAAAUUGUAUGGGGCCACGAUCACCAGCAUUCAACCAUCAUCAUCAGAAUGAGCCUGGCUCCGUUACAGGACAACAUACCCGAUCCGAUAGGGCAUACUAAGCAGAACAAUGUCUGCAAAUAAAAACACAAAUCCAAUAA